AUGGGCGUUCUUGAUUUUGGGACUGAAUGUUUACGAACACAACUUCUUUUGCAGUUUAACGUUGCAAAUCCCACCACCGGUUGUCAGAAGAAGCUGGAGAUCGAUGACGACCAGAAGCUACGAGCAUUUUGGGACAAGAGGAUCUCACAAGAGGUUCUUGGUGAUGCUUUGGGCGAGGAAUUCAAAGGCUAUGUCUUCAAAAUCACUGGAGGUUGUGACAAGCAAGGGUUUCCAAUGAAGCAGGGAGUGUUGACCCCUGGCCGUGUUCGCCUCUUGCUGCACAGAGGAACUCCUUGUUUCCGUGGUUACGGAAGGCGCAAUGGAGAGCGCAGGAGGAAGUCUGUCCGUGGGUGCAUUGUAAGCCCAGACCUGUCUGUUCUGAACUUGGUAAUUGUAAAGAAGGGUGAAAAUGAUUUACCAGGCCUGACAGAUGUUGAAAAGCCAAGGAUGAGGGGUCCAAAGAGAGCUUCCAAAAUUCGCAAACUGUUCAACCUGUCUAAGGAGGAUGAUGUGAGGAAGUAUGUCAAUACAUAUAGGAGAACAUUUACAACUAAAGCUGGGAAAAAGGUGAGCAAGGCUCCAAAAAUCCAACGACUGGUCACUCCCCUGACCCUCCAAAGAAAGAGAGCAAGGAUCGCAGAUAAGAAGAAGAGAAUUGCCAAGGCAAAAUCAGAGGCAGCAGAGUACCAGAAACUUCUUGCCUCCAGAUUGAAGGAGCAGAGAGAACGCCGGAGUGAGAGCUUGGCUAAGAGACGAUCAAAACUUUCCAGUGCUACUAAACAAGCUGCCACAGCAUAA